UCGACUACCUGUCGCACUAUAUAAACCCACCAAAUCAACCUCAUCAUUAUCACUCACACUCCAACCGCCGAUAGCCAUGGCUCAGUCCACGAAUUCCAAGAAGCUGAUGAUGUUCCGCACUCCCAACGAGGAGGAGGCCCUGAAGAAUCAGAUCUUCAUCUUCAACUCGCCCAUUGACUACAAGGACCAGCAGCUGAUCGUGUACCAGAAACCAGGCAUCCUCACCGGAGACAAGGACUACGGCUACUGUGUGGUGUACAAGCGAGAUCACUACGUGCUCAAUAACCCGCCCAACUUCAAGAGCCCCACGAAGAGGAGCUUCCUCAACGAGUGCAUCCGCCAGCUGUAUCUGAUGAACGGCAUGGGUCACAAGAUGUACUGGAGGACCACAAGUGCAAUGGCACUGAGUACACCCGGCGAAGUGUGGCACCAGGUGAACAGUUGUCUGCUCCCAGAGCGACUGACGCCCCAAAAGGAGAGCCUGAAGCGGGUGAAGAGGCAACUUUUCCGGGAUCCCCGGGCAGAUCGCAAGAAUCCCAAGCCUCUCAAAGGCAAAUGCUGGGGCACCCAAGUCUUCUGCUUCAAAUCGAUGCGUGAGAAGAUUGGCAGGAAGUACAUCCGCAGGGGCUAUCUGACCAUCGCACGCCGAGAAGCCCUGCAGGAGAUGAUCCGUGAGCACUUGGCACGCGAAAUGGUCUGCACUCCGGCCGCCUGCAGAACGGUGAUCAGCGCCUCCGACGGAAUCUUCAAUGUGAAUGCCGGCGUCAUUGGCGACAUCUGCAGCUACCACAGCCACGCGGCUCGCCAUCAGCCCGUCGUGGAGCGCCGUCUGACGGCGGGGGAAGCCCGUCUCCGGAACAACGAAGCCUGUCGUCUGACUCAGCGGGCCAAGCGGCUGGAGGCCAUGUUCAUACACGAACAGGUGCGACGGGCCGUCCAGAACCACCAGCUCAUACUCGAGGAGUCGGUUCGAUCCAUCUACUAUGCCAAGGAGCUCUUCCGCCUGAUCGAGGAUCACGAGGAGUUCGUCUACACGGACAACAAGAUCCUGUCCAGAAUCUGACGGACCCUUCUCGACUGGCAUAGCCACCACUUUUAUAACCCUUAGAGUACACAUAUUUGUAAUUAUAUAACAUUUAGAGAAUAAAAUGGAAACCACAAAAGUAUACAAUGAACUUGAACUU